AUGGCCCAAGACGUUCCUACGCCAGUGCCGCUGCCCGUCACACAGGGCGGCGCCUCAUCACUCUCCUUCACCCAGGGCUUCCUGCUUGGACAGCUUUCCAUUGCACUGCUAAUCUUCUGCUUCAUCAAGUUCUUCAUUUUUGGAGAGCCUCCCUCGGCCGAUGAGCGCGCACUGCACCUCAAUUCUCUGCGACGAGCUCGAACACUAGCUCAUCAGCAAUCGUAUAAGCAGUUGCGGGCACGGGCAAAUUCAACGUCACUUUCACUACGACACAAGCCGUCCCGGAGUAUUAUACGAAAGGGAGAGGAGAGCAUGGGAGGGCCAAGCAUAGCAACUAUACUUGCAAAGACAUAUUAUAAUGUGAAAGGACACCAACCGGAGAGCUUAGACUGGUUCAACGUGCUCAUUGCGCAGACCAUUGCCCAACUAAGAGCUGAUGCGCGACAGGACGACGCGAUCCUAACAUCGCUCACAGAUGUCCUGAAUGCCGGCAGCAAACCCGACUGGAUUGGCGACAUCAGAGUGACCGAGAUAGCGCUUGGUGACGAGUUUCCCAUAUUCAGCAACUGCAGAGUCAUGCCUGCCGAUGACGGCUUCUGGUAUGGACCGGGGAACGCGGGGAAUGAGAAAGAGAGACUCCAAGCCCGAAUGGACGUGGAUCUGAGCGAUGUCAUUACCAUUGGCAUAGAGACGACGUUGAAUUUGAACUGGCCAAAACCAAGAUCUGCUGUUCUGCCAGUUGCCCUAGCCGUCAGUAUCGUGCGCUUCUCGGGAACACUAGUAGUGUCCUUUAUACCAUCAUCGUCACCUGCGUCAACCCCCGCACCUGUCUCAUCACCAAGACUAGGUACACACCAAAAUGCCUCUCCGCGCCGUCCUUCAUCGUCUUCCGGCGCGCCUCCACACCGUCCCACAACCCUCGCCUUUACAUUCCUCGACGACUACCGGCUGGACCUCUCCGUGCGCUCCCUGGUCGGAUCCCGAUCACGCCUCCAAGACGUGCCCAAGAUAGCGCAGCUCAUCGAGUCGCGCGUGCACGCCUGGUUCGACGAGCGCGCCGUAGAACCGCGCUUCCAGCAAAUUGUACUUCCCUCGCUCUGGCCCCGCAAACACAACACCAGAGGCGGAGCAGCCACGGCCGCCGGCACCGACACAGCACUCCAAGACAGUGACGACGAGGACGAAAUCGCUGUCAUGGAGGGGAACGGGACUGCUCCCCCUUCAUCCGCGUACAUCCCAAGCCCGAUAUCCGAAAACGUGACGCUGGAGGAACGUAUCGAGGCCGAGGGCCAGAAGAUGCGCGAAGCAGAGAUCAGAGCUGGCGUCCGCAAACCAAGCUCGGCGGCUGAUGCCAGAGAGCACCGCGCUGAUGGCAUGCGCUGGCGCGGCGAGCAGCCCCGAGGACGCCAGUCUGCGAGACCCAAGUUGCAGAGUAGAACUACGACGGGGAUUGCGGCAGGUAUGCCCGGUGCUCUGCCUCGAUGA